GCCGUGAGGCGCCGGGCGGGACCGGCGGUGCCGCGUCAAGACCGCCGGUGCGUCCCCCGGCCCCUGCAGUUUUCCCCCGGGCCCCGGCCCACUCGUUCGGGCCGGUUCGUGCCCCCUCGCCCCCCGCCGCCAUCAGCCCUUGCUCGGCAUCAGCGCUGAACCUUUCCCCGGGCUGUCACCCCUAAGGGAAAGCAGGAGAAAGAAGUUACUGGUGCGGUCGCUGGGAAUCGGGCCAUGUUCUGAGAGAGGCCCCCGGGACUCAGCUUGGAUCCGGAUAUCGCAGGUGUGCGUGAAGAAAUUGCCCUCCUCGCAUCCCCCGUGAAGCUCUUGAAUCAUGGCAAGUCCAAGAACAAGGAAAGUUCUCAAGGAAGUCAGAGCACAAGAUGAGAACAAUGUCUGUUUUGAAUGUGGUGCAUUUAACCCCCAGUGGGUGAGUGUGACCUAUGGAAUUUGGAUAUGUCUUGAGUGCUCAGGAAAACACCGAGGCUUGGGAGUUCACCUCAGUUUUGUGCGUUCUGUAACCAUGGACAAAUGGAAGGAUAUUGAGCUGGAGAAAAUGAAGGCUGGAGGUAACAGGAAAUUUCGAGAGUUCUUGGAGUCUCAAGAUGACUAUGAUCCCUGCUGGUCAAUGCAAGAGAAGUACAACAGCAAAGCUGCUGCUCUUUUUAGGGAUCAGGUAGCUACAGUAGCUGAAGGCAAGGAGUGGUCCAUUGAAACGUCUCCUGCCAGAAACUGGACCCCACCUCAGCCUAAAAUGUCUCUCUCUUCCACUCAUCGCUCUGCUGGACAAUCUCAGGCUGCAACUGCCUCUUCUGACAAGGCUUUUGAAGACUGGUUAAAUGAUGAUGUUGCCUCCUACCAAGGUGGCCAAGAGAAUCGCUAUGUGGGGUUUGGAAACACAGUAAACCCUCCAAAAAAAGAGGAUGACUUCCUGAACAAUGCGAUGUCUUCAUUGUACUCGGGAUGGAGCAGUUUUACAACUGGAGCAAGCAAGAUUGCCUCAGCUGCUAAAGAGGGUGCUACCAGAUUUGGAUCUCAAGCAAGUCAAAAGUUUUGGGGCUACAAGCAGCAGCCAGAGCCGGCAUCAGAGUUAGGUCAGACAUUAAAUGAAAAUGUUCUCAAACCUGCACAGGAAAAGGUGAAAGAGGGGAAAAUAUUGGAGGAGGUGACCGUGGGGGUAUCGCAGUUGGCCAGCAAGGUUCAGGGAGUUGGCAGUAAGGGAUGGCGAGACGUCACCACUUUUUUUUCUGGCAAGCCAGAUGAUCAUUCUGAAAGACCUGCUGAGGCCGACAGCUACCAGAACAGUGGAGGAGGGGAGGGCUACCAGAACAAUGCUGUGGAUCAGAGCUUCUGGGAGACCUUUGGCAACUCGGAUCCUCCAAAAGCCCAUAAAUCUCCAAGCAGUGAGAGCUGGACCUAUGUGGACAAUUCCACCGAGAAGAAAAGCUCCGACAGCUGGGACGUGUGGGGCUCGGGAACCGUCUCCAACAACAAGAACAGUAACAGCGACAGCUGGGAAAACUGGGAGACCAACUGGGAAAACACAGGAGGGGAGAGCAAGACCAAAAAACCUCCCAAGGCAACAAAAAAAGCAUCUUCAUCUGAUGAUAUGUGGGACAACCAGAACUGGUAGAACUUUGUUAACACGGUUUUGCACAGCUGGGAAGGAGAAGCUGUGCUGGCUGAUCGAGGGGAGAAAGUUUUACACACAGCUGGAAUAUCUUGAUUGACCUUACUCAUCUGUUACUUUUGUGCUUCCUGUUCAUUCUCCUUUCUUCUAUCCCAGUUUAGGAAAAAAAAAGUAGCAUCUGAAUCUUUUAUUACAUAAAUGUGGCCCUCCCGUUUUUUAAAGACGGUGGUAAAUAUAUUCUUCUUGCGCUAUUGAAGUGACUUUCUUGACACGAAUGUUCAAAGGAAAAAUCCAAUCAGUGCAAGCACCCUUUCAUGGCACAGCCUUGCAUGUGUAGGUUCAUAGGUGUUCAUCCAGCCCUCAUACAGUUUGAGACGUUUAAUGCAAACAAAGGACAGGGUGUGUCUUGAAAAGAGCCAUUAAAUAAGCAAACUGCAGUUGAACAGGUCUAGUUCAAAUGCCUUAUGGAUUGCUGUGACCAUAUUAAAUCUGGCAAUUCAACAUAGUCUUUAAGAUACUUUCUAUUGGAGCUUUGUUUUUAAGAUUUAUGAGGUUUUUUAGCAUUUAAAAACUUAUUUUCUCCCCUUAGAACUAAUAAGGAGCCUAGAGCUAAAUAAUUAUUUGCAUUAACUCAUAGUUUUGACCUGAGCUAUCAAGGGAGAUCCACAAUGGCUCUUCUUGCUCGGUGGGUUCAGUCUCUGCACAGUCCAGCUCUCCUCACAGACAAAAUUCAAAGCUGUGAUUUCUCCUUCCUCACCCACCCCCUUCCCCAGUCUGAGUAUUUUAUAGGGUCUGUUUUUUCUCUGUCUUCCUUCUACCCGUUUAUUUUAUCUCCUCUGAUAAAAAUGAAAUCUUUCUGCUGCUUAUGGCCUUUUGGACAUCUGUCUGGCAACUUGGCAGUGAAACAAAUUCUGAAAAAGAUUCCAGUAAGGAAAAAAAUGGGUGGAAAAUAUGAGAACAUUGAGGAGAGGGGCUGGCAGCAAGCCCCUUUCGAGAUGAGUAGAUGUCUGGAUUUAAUAGUAAAAUUUAAAUUAAGCAGAUGUUUUCCAAAUUAAUCUUUAGUAUGUCAAACUGUAUCUCUGUUUCUAUCAUGUAUUUCUCUGCAUAUUUUGCAAGGAUCUUGUUCGAGAAACACUCUUUUGGAAACAUUAGGAACUCCUUGUCAGCGUUAAGGAAUGGAAUAGAAGUUUUGUCUCGGUUUUGAUGCAACUAAUUGUUCUGCAUGACGCAAACCAUAACUUCUACAGAAGAUCUGUGACUUUAACAACAAAGGUGUCCUGUGUAUCCCAUUUGAUUUUGGGGGGUGGGGUGUAAAUGUACACUCAGCCCAAAACCAAUCAGCUCACUUGAAAACUUUAAAUCAUUAUAUUGUUACGUAGUCUGCUUUACUACCAGCAUGGUGUUCUUUACUGUGGACCCGGUAGAUCUUACUAUGUACCUAAAAAGCCUUUUAUAUUGAAAAUCAGUUAAUUUGUUUAAGGAAACAACCAGCUUAAGUUGUCAAAGUUACCUCAAUUAAUGCUUUAUUUCUUUUUCUCUUCACAGGGGUUUUUGAGCUUGUAGUAAUAUCAUGAUGUUAAGGAAGGAAAGUAAUAUCAAGAGGUUAAGGAAAACCUAUGAAUCACCUCAAAAGCAGCAGAUUUUAAAGGCUUAAGUAGCUGUAUUUAUAGCCUGGUUGUGUAUUUCUAUUAGUAGGAUCUUUCAGGUGGUGAACAGAAUAUUUUUCUGGUCUUCUCCAGCCCUGUCCUGCAAGAGUUAUUAUUUCUUUUCGUCGCGUGGUAUUUGAAGCUCGUGCAGCAGGACCCGGAGCUGCUCACAGUCUAAGCCCUGCUCUAGGCUGAGUCUUGCAAGGCGCCUGAGAUGUUCUUGCUGACCGGAAGGCUCGAGGGAUCUCGGUUUCCAGUCCUGCUGCUGGUACCAUUUGCAGACGUUUACAGCCUGACUGUAAAACAAGGAUUUUGUUCUGCUUUUUCUCGAGUUAGACCUUCGACAUAGCUUAACUGCAUGUCCGACUAACUGGAUUUUGAUGCACGUGCCUCUGUUGCCUCCUUGUCAUCGCCAUUCGGCUUUGGGAAGCGUCGCGGCAGCAGCGACAGCAAAAUGCAGCCCAUGGGCUGCGCUGUCCGACUGCUGGGGUCUGUCUGGAGCGAUGUGAAGCUGAUUUAGCUUCCUGCAUACAAGUUUAUUACGGUUUCUCUCAUAGACCUCCUGAAAUAGCUUGUAGCAGGAUAAGUUUUAUUUCAGUCCGUUCAAUGAGCAGCAUUGUGAAGCUGAUGUGAACGUUCUGCUCAGCUGUGUGGUUUGCCUAGGAGAAGACUUGUUUUAUUUAUACAUCCCUUACAGCCACGAUUGACAUGAGCCGUUUUUUUAUUCUUCUGGUUUUAUUUUUGUAUCUCUUGAGACUUUGUUCUAAACUAAACAGCCAGGGCCCUACUCAGGCAGAGGCCUUGGGUAACGAUUUUUCUUCCAGUUGAGGAGACAAUGACAAAUCAGUUGCUGUCUCUCUUUUUGCGGUGCAGUAGAGAGGCAUCAAAUGCUACAACUCCCAGAAAGGUGUUAAUGGAAGACACUAAAAACCAAUAUAACGACAGAAAGUGUAACUGCAGCCACCUAACUAGUAUACCAACUGGUCUCGGUUUGACAGGCCAAUAGUGUUGUUGGUUUUUUUUUCCAAUGACUUGUCUGAAUGUGAAUGUUUUACAGUGUCUUCCAGAGGAGAGGAUGAAAUGUGGACAUUUUCUUUUGCAAAACCUGUUUUGUUGGAUUUACUUUUUUUGAGAGCAGGUGGCUGGGAAGUUUCUGCUGUUUGGCAGGAUGCGCGCAAUCAGGUUGCACGUGUGGAGCAAGUGUUCAUGAAUUCGACUUUUUUUUAUCCCAAAGUAACAAUUUUAAGUCAUACAAGCCCGUUGCCAGGAGAGAGCGCAGUCAGUGAAGUGAUUACCACAACCAUUGGAUAUUGGUUUAAAUUUCCUUGUGUUUCAAACGGUUUUAUUUCUUUAUAUGGCUUCAAAUUUGGAAAAUACAGAGCAGCUGGAUUCCUCCAGGUAGGCCGAUAAAAGGAAAGCUUCAAGACAUUCAAACUAAGUGCCACUUCCAAAAGAGUGAAAGAGAAUGUUCCCAGGAGCCUAAUCCUAGGAGUUAGGGAUUGUUUUAAAAUGUCUCAUUUGUGGCUUGAAACCUGUUAAUAAUUAUUCCAUUUCAAGAAGUGCUUGGCCAGCUCUCCCUCGUGGUUGAAACCUCAAGGACAAUGCCGCUGCUUUUAUUUUCCAGGCCAGACUGUAUAACAUUCCAUGGGUUCAUAAUGUAUUUAUCAGUGUAAUGAUCUGUGCAAUAAUUUAACAAGUGUAGGUAAAACCUUUGUUGUUUAAUCCAGGAUACAUUUAAAGAUACAGUGGUCCUCUUGAAGAGCAGCAGUCUACCGAGGUAUUGCAGUUCUCCCUUUACUUUGGCCAUAUUAAAUUUCAGUAACCCUGUUGAGAAAGACUUGAGCAAUCAGUCAUUUAAACAGAAAUCAAAAAACAUUUUGAUGUCCCUUAUUAGAGUUUGAUUGUAAUGGCUUAGUGACCUCUAGCUGUAGAGCCCUUUUUCAUGCCAGCAGAACCUUGGUCAGUAUGGAGUGCUGUAUCUUUAAUUUUCCUGAUGUGUCUCUUGUGAAGUUCACGGGAAUGGCAAUUUCGGUGAACACUAUUCAUUGUUCUGUAGAGUGGUACCGGACUUGAACUGCAGUGUCAUCUUUUAAGGAGCAUUAUAAUAAAGCAAAGAGAUAUGGAGCAGAA